CCUCUAUAUAUGGCUCCCUUCCAUGACUCAGCGGAACCAUCUCCACCUUUUUUCACAGAAUUCUUGGCCUGUCUUCAUAGGUGCUGUCUUCCAUCUAGGUUCCGAGACCAUCAUUUGCCUCAACUACCAAAGAUGAUUGCAGAGCUAAAAGAGGAAUUUGAACUUAGCAUCAAGCAAGGAGAGCCAAAACUGGUCCCCCCAGCAGAGGAAACAGAGAAGGGCCUCUACUACCUCUCUAACCUCGACCAAAACAUUGCUGUCAUAGUUCAGACUAUCUACUGCUUCAAAUCAGAGGACAAAGGAAAUGAGACAGCAGCUGAAGUCAUCAAGGAGGCCUUGGCCAAGGUUCUCGUCCACUUCUAUCCACUUGCCGGUCGGCUCACAAUUAGCCCUGAAGGGAAGCUUAUAGUAAAUUGCACAGGAGAAGGCGCAGUCUUUGUCGAGGCCGAAGCAGAUUGUGAGAUGGAAGACAUUGGAGACAUCUCAAAGGCUGACCCCCUGACACUGGGAAAGCUUCUUUAUAACAUUCCUUGUGCUAAAAAUCUACUGGAGAUACCUCCUCUGGUAGCUCAGGUUACCAAGUUCAAGUGUGGAGGGUUCAUCCUUGGGCUAGCCAUGAACCACUGCAUGUUUGAUGGGCUUGGCGCCAUGGAAUUCGUGAACUCAUGGGGAGAAACAGCACGAGGCCUGCCACUGUCCAUACCACCGUUCAUAGACCGGAAUGUACUCAAGGCCAGGAAUCCUCCUGCCAUCAGCUUCCCCCACCAUGAAUUUGCUGAGAUUGAAGAUAUCUCUGAUACCAGCACCCUGUACCAAGAAGAAAUGCUUUACAAAUCCUUCUGCUUCGAUGCUGACAAGCUUGAGCGCCUCAAGAGGAAGGCCAUGGAAGAUGGAGCUCUAGACAAGUGUACUACCUUCGAAGCACUCUCUGGCUUUGUAUGGAAAGCCCGAACUGAGGCAUUGAAGCUCCAGCCCAGUCAGAAGUCUAAACUACUCUUUGCAGUGGAUGGGAGGUCAAGGUUCAAUCCUCCCCUUCCAAAAGGCUACUUUGGCAAUGGCAUCGUGCUUACCAACUCUCUCUGCAGUGCGGGGGAGCUUACGGAGAAGCCGCUCUCCUUCGCAGCUGGGCUGGUCCAGAAGGCAGUGCGCAUGGUCACCGAUGAGUACAUGAGAUCGGCGAUCGACUACUUUGAAGCAACUAGAGCUAGGCCUUCUCUGAGUGCUACUCUUUUGAUAACUACUUGGUCUAGGUUGUGCUUCCAUACUACAGAUUUCGGGUGGGGGGAGCCAAUUCAGACUGGGCCUGUGGCUCUUCCUGAGAAAGAGGUGAUCUUGUUCUUGUCUCAUGGAAAGGAGAGGAAGAGCAUAAAUGUGCUUCUGGGUCUACCAAGCUCAGCAAUGCUUAAAUUCCAAGAGCUGAUGGAGAUAUAGGAAUAGAGGGAGAGAACUGUUUGUCACUGUGGUGUUUGUGUUUUUCAUCUUAUAGCAUGAAUGCUCUAUUGUUUCUUACUAGGCCUCUUUGAAGCAGGAUAGUGUCUGAAAUUAAUUACUUCAGGGCAAGAGAAGCAGUGAUAGCUACAUUGGAAAUUUGAGAUUGUUGAUAUUUCUGUACUUAAAUGUGUGUGGUGAUCUUAUCUUUAGAAACUCAUGAUUAAUUUCAUGAGACUAAAUUAUGCAUUGGAUUCUCUCUUAGUGAUGUCUGUCAAAUUAGAGAUUUUGUUAAAUGGACUGCAGAUCAUACAUAAUAAAGUUCUCCUGAUUGCAAGCUUCUGCUAA